UUGCCCCAAGGCUUCCACUUUUUGGAAUUAGAAUGAGGAGGAUGCCACUCAUCAAUCAAUGGAUUGUACAUAUAUCACGUGGUCGUGGCUGCAUGGGUCAGCCGCAAGGCACCCUCGAAUCCUGUAGCCUGUUCAUCUGAUCUUGAACAUCUUGAUAUACUACUUUUUAGAUUCAACAUUGGGAUUCUGUCGAACAUUGUAUUAACCUAUAGUCAGCACCAUGACAACCCCAAUCCUACUCAACGCCGACUGGGUCGAUAACCCAGGUCCGGCCUCCGCCCAUAUCACACCCAUCAAAGCCAUCCCAGGCCUCUUCAUAUCCGGACGCCGCUUCGCAUUCUCCUCCUCCGCCACAACCGACUGCCUCGAAACCCACCACAUCUCCCACAUCCUCGCCGUCCUCGAGCCCCACGAACGCCCGCCCUACUCGCCCACCAUCCGCGCUACAUGCACAUUCAAACACGUCCCAGUCGCAGACGACCCCUUCGCCGACCUGCUCAGCCACUUUGCAGACUGCUGUGCGUUUAUCCACUCUGCCCUGGCACGUCAUCAAAGCAGCCCCGACUCCGUCACCGAUGAAUCAAAUGACAGCAGCACAACUAAAGACCCCGACCCCAACCCCAUCCACGGCGUCCUCGUGCACUGCCGCGCAGGCAUAUCGCGCAGCGGCGCCGUCAUAGUAGCAUAUCUGAUGUGGUCGCGCGGACUGACAUACGCCGCGGCGCUGGACCUGGCACGGGAGAGCAGAGAUGUGAUUACGCCGAAUGAGGGGUUUGUGCGGCAGUUGCGGGUGUGGGAGGAGUGUGGAUGUGCGAUUCGUGGGGAGGAGGAUGGGGUGGAGAAGGGGGUGUUUGUGGAGUGGAGGAGGGAGAGGGAGGGGAGGUUGGCGGUGAUGGGGGAGGAGGAGUUGAAUAGGGAGCGGGUGAGGGCUAUGGUUGGGGUUGCGGUGGGGAUUAUGGCGAGGCCUGGGAGGGUGUUGGAGGGGGUGCGGAGGCAGGGGGAGGGGGAGGGGGAGGUGGAGAUUGGGGAGGAAGCUUGAUUGUAUGUGGAGAGGGUAGAAGGGUGAUGAUGUUGGAACGGAUUGGCGUUGUAGCCAGUGUGGCUCUGAUGAUCAUAUGCAUAGAUUUGU